AGCCAGUGUGUGAGCAGCGGGGCUUCGUGCUGGAGGGGCCAAAUUCAGAGUGCCUCGUGGUUCGGCCCCGAGUGUACACCCAUCAUGGAGAGAAGGCGGAAUAGCGAGGUGAAGCAAAAAGAAGUGUGAUGUGGCAUGUCAGUAGCAAGUAGUCAGUCAAUCACUGUACUUUUCAAAAGGCCUCUAGGAUUGCCUCUUUCUGGGCAGAAACGUCAUUUUUGAAAAAUGUUGUUUGUCAACUGUCUGAGGUUUCAAGUAUUUGCAGUAUUCACUUCAUAGGAAGCGGUGAUCGUAAGGCAAGUGAUGAUAAUUGUGGGGGGUGGUUGUGUAUGUGGGAGGGGCUCGCCUCCUGACAGGUGACGGGGGGCCCACUCAAGCUUAAUUACGGCGAACCAUGUAAGAUUUGCGCAUUAUCCACCAUGGCUUGGAAGCAACAGCUCAACAUAUUGGCUCUGCUCGGCUUUUUCACGGCAACGUCUCAUGCUCAGCCGGACGUGUGUGGCAGCCCACCACUCAACAGCAAGCUUGUCAGUGGCGGAGAUGCCCAGGAAGGAAGUUGGCCCUGGCAGGCUAGUCUGCAGAAUUUUGGCAACCAUGUUUGUGGUGGUUCCCUCAUCAACAAGGAAUGGAUUUUAUCUGCGGCCCACUGUUUUUAUGGCACAAGUGCCUACGGAUGGUCGGUUUCUCUCGGUCGUCGGAACCUGCAAGGAGACGACUCACACGAAGUGACCAAGCCUGUCGCCACCAUCGUUUUGCAUCCGGGCUUCAACAUUUUCACCCUGGACAACGACAUCGCUCUGCUCAGACUCUCCUCGCCUGUCACCUUCUCGGACUACGUCAGACCCGUGUGCCUGGCUGCCAACGGCAGCGUGUUCAACAACGCUACUCGCAGCUGGGUCACUGGUUGGGGCACAGUCCAGGGCGGAGUACCUGUCCCGUUCCCUGGAACAUUACGAGAAGUGGAAGUUUCAGUUCUGGGAAACAGACAGUGUAGCUGCCUAAUCGGAGUGGAUUUGGUCACCGACAAUAUCAUCUGCGCUGGUUUUCCAGAGGGAGGCAAAGACGCUUGUCAGGGCGACGCGGGAGGUCCGAUGGUGAGUGAGCAGGAUUCCAUCUGGAUCCAGUCUGGAAUCGUCAGAUUUGGAUUUGGCUGUGCUCGGCCCAACAACCCGGGGGUUCAUACCAGAGUGUCCCGCUACCAGUGGUGGAUCAACUCUCACGUGGGCUCCGAUAAGCCGGGCUUUGUGCAGUUCAACUCCAGCGGGCUGGAUGCGGACAGUAACUUCACUUGCCCUGGUCCACCGUCCACCCAAGGACCGGCUGAAGCCGAAGAUCUCGUGCCCAUCCUAUCAAGUGCCGAAUUGUGUGGGAUACCAUCACAGAGGAACAAGAUAGUCGGGGGAGACGUUGCUGCAGCCGGAAGUUGGCCUUGGCAAGCUAGUCUGCAGACGUUUGGUAGCCAUGUUUGCGGCGGGACUCUCAUCAACAGUGAGUGGGUGCUGUCCGCUGCCCAUUGCUUCACCAGCACAAGUACCACCGGGUGGUCGGUUUCUCUCGGCCGUAGGAACCUGGAGGGCAUUGAACCCAACGAAGUGGCCCUGCCUGUUGCCGAAAUCAUUCCGCAUCCUUUAUUUGACAAUCAAAUCUUCGACAAUGACAUUGCUCUGCUCAGACUCUCGUCUGCGGUCGAGUUCAACGCCUUCGUCAGACCCGUGUGUCUGGCGGCCAACACCAGCGUGUUUAACAACGGUACCGAGAGCUAUGUCACCGGUUGGGGGUCGGUGCAGCAGGGAGUGCCCCUCCCCUCCCCUCAAACGCUACGAGAAGUGCAAGUUCCAGUUCUGGGAAACAGACAGUGUAACUGCCUCAACGGAGAAGGUGUCGUCACGGACAAUAUGAUCUGUGCUGGUUUUCUCGGAGGAGGCAAAGAUACUUGUCAGGGAGACUCGGGAGGUCCGAUGAUGAGCGAGCAGGACGGCAUCUGGGUCCAGUCCGGAAUCGUGAGUUUUGGAUUCGGCUGUGCUCAGCAGAACAACCCGGGGGUUUACACCAGAGUGUCCCGCUACCAGCCGUGGAUCGCCUCUCGCAUCGCCUCCGAUAAGCCGGGCUUUGUGCACUUUGACUCCAGAGGGCCCGACGCGGACGGCAACUACUCUUGUCCUCGACCGCCUCCUGAGGAUCUGCCCAGCGCCGAAUUGUGCGGCAGCCCGGCGCUCAGCACAAAGAUUGUCGGUGGCGAAGAUGCUCAAGAGGGAAGUUGGCCCUGGCAAGCCAGCGUGCAGAUUUUUGCGACUCACGUUUGUGGUGGUUCACUCAUUAACAGAGAGUGGGUGAUGUCUGCCGCCCACUGCUUCUCCAGCACAAGUACCUUUGGAUGGGAAGUUUCUCUCGGUCGUCAGAACCUGCUAGCAAGCAACCCAAACGAAGUGACCAAGACUGUCGCUGCCAUCGUUUUGCAUCCGGGCUUCAACAUUUUCACCCUGGACAAUGACAUCGCUCUGCUCAGACUCUCCUCGCCUGUCACCUUCUCGGACUACAUCCGACCCGUGUGUCUGGCUGCCAAAGGCAGCGUGUUCAACAACGGCACUCACAGCUGGGUCACUGGUUGGGGAACCAUCCAGAGCGGAGUGCUUCUUCCCUUCCCUGCAACGCUACAAGAAGUCAACGUCCCGGUCAUAGGAAACAGGCAGUGUAACUGCUUAAACGGAGUGGGUUUGAUCACCGACAAUAUGAUCUGUGCUGGUUUUCUUGAAGGAGGGAAAGACGCUUGUCAGGGGGACUCGGGAGGUCCGAUGGUGAGUCGGCAUGACGUCUGGAUCCAGUCUGGAAUCGUGAGUUUUGGCUUUGGCUGCGCGCAGCCAAACAAUCCAGGCGUUUAUGUGCGAGUGUCCCGCUACCAGUCGUGGAUCAACGGCCACAUCGGCUCCGAUAAGCCGGGCUUUGUGCGCAUCGACUCCAGCGGAAGGGACGCCGAUAGCGACUACACUUGUCCUGGUCUACCUCCUCCUGUUACUGAAGGUCCCGCGACGACAACCACGGAGGCCGUGCCCAGCAUACCAAGUGUUGGCUGUGGCAUCCCGCUCCCGAGGACAAAGAUUGUCAGGGGUGGAGCUGCUCAAGAAGGAAGUUGGCCCUGGCAGGCGAGUCUGCAGAAUUUUGGUACCCAUGUUUGCGGUGGUUCCCUCAUCAACAGAGAGUGGGUACUCUCUGCUGCCCAGUGCUUCUCCAGCACAAGUGUCCUCGGAUGGUCUGCUUCUCUUGGUCUGCGGAACCUGAAGGGAAACGAUUCCAACAAAGUGUCCAGAAAUGUGCGCACCAUCGUUUUACAUCCUGGCUUCGACAUCUUCAGCUUGGACAAUGACAUCGCUCUGCUCAGACUCUCCUCGCCAGUGACGUUCUCGGAGUACGUCAGACCCGUGUGCCUGGCCGCCAACAGCAGCGUGUUCAACAAUGGCACUCGCAGCUGGGUGACUGGUUGGGGAACCGUUCAGCGCACAGUGUCCCCCUCCUUCCGCGGGAUACUGCAAGAAGUGCAAGUCCCGGUUCUGGGGAACAGGCAAUGUAACUGCCUGAACGGAGUUGGUUUAGUCACGGACAAUAUGAUCUGUGCUGGUUUUCUAGAAGGAGGGAAAGACACCUGUCUGGGCGACUCAGGGGGUCCGAUGGUGAGUGAGCAGGAUUCCAUCUGGAUCCAGUCUGGAAUCGUCAGUUUUGGAUUUGGCUGCGCUCGGCCCAACAACCCGGGGGUUCAUACCAGAGUGUCCCGCUACCAGUCGUGGAUCAGCUCUCACGUGGGCUCCGAUAAGCCGGGCUUUGUGCAGUUCCACUUCAGUGGGACGGACGCCGACAGCAACUACACUUGUCCCGGUCUGACUCGUCCCGUUACGGAAGGACCGUUGAGCACCGUCACAACAACAGCUGCAGCCGUCACCGAAGAUGCGGUGUCCGUCGUGUCGAGUGCCGAGCUGUGCGGCAACCAAACGGUGAACUCAAAGAUGGUCGGAGGUCUAAAUGCUUCUGAAGGGGUUUGGCCCUGGCAGGCCAGCGUGCAAAUUUUUGCUGCUCAUGUUUGUGGCGGUUCACUCAUUAACAGAGAGUGGGUGAUGUCUGCCGCCCACUGCUUCACCAGCACAAGUACCUUCGGAUGGUCGGUUUCUCUCGGUCGUCGGAACCUGCAAGGAGACGACUCAAACCAAGUGACCAAGCCUGUCGCCACCAUCGUUUUGCAUCCGGGCUUCAACAUUUUCACCCUGGACAAUGACAUCGCUCUGCUCAGACUCUCCUCGCCUGUCACAUUCUCGGACUACAUCCGACCCGUGUGUCUGGCUGCCAAAGGCAGCGUGUUCAACAACGGCACUCGCAGCUGGGUCACUGGUUGGGGCACAGUCCAGAGCGGAGUGCCUAUUCCUUUCCCUGGAGCGUUACAAGAAGUGGAAGUCCCAGUUCUGGGAAACAGACAGUGUAGCUGCCUAAUCGGAGUGGAUUUGGUCACCGACAAUAUCAUCUGCGCUGGUUUUCCAGAAGGAAAGAAAGACACUUGUCUGGGAGACUCGGGAGGCCCGAUGGUGAGCACGCAGGAUGGCAUCUGGAUCCAGUCUGGAAUCAUCAGAGUUGGAUCUGGCUGCGCUGGGCCGAAUGACCCGGGGGUAAAUGCGAGAGUGUCCCGCUACCAGUCGUGGAUCAGCUCUCACGUGGGCUCCGAUAAGCCGGGCUUUGUGCACUUCGACUCCAGUGGGCCCGACGCUGACAGCAACUACUCUUGUCCUCUACCACUUCCUGUUGUCGUGGCCAGUGCUGAAUUGUGCGGCAGCCUGGCGCUCAGCGCAAAGAUUGUCGGUGGUGAAGAUGCCCAAGAGGCAAAUUGGCCCUGGCAGGCUCGACUGCUGGCUUUUGGUCACCACGUUUGUGGCGGUUCACUCAUUAACAGAGAGUGGGUGAUGUCUGCCGCCCACUGCUUCACCAGCGCAAGUACCUUCGGAUGGUCGGUUUCUCUCGGUCGUCAGGACCUGCAAGGAGACGACUCAAACCAAGUGACCAAGACUGUCGCCGCCAUCGUUUUGCAUCCAAGCCACAACCACUCCAGCCACGACAAUGACAUCGCUCUUCUCAGGCUCUCCUCAGCAGUCACAUUCACAGAUGACAUCAGACCUGUGUGCCUGGCAGCCAAUGGCAGUGUGUUCAACGGUGGCACCGACAGCUGGAUCACUGGUUGGGGAAGAGUUCAGGAAGGAGAGUUUCUCCCCUUCCCUAAAAGGCUCCAAGAAGUGCAAGUCCCGGUUCUGGGAAAUAGACGGUGUAAUUGCUGGAUUGAAGGCAGCUCGGUCACAGACAAUAUGAUCUGUGUGGGGGUCCUGAAACAAGGGAGAGACUUUUGUCGGGGCAACUCGGGAGGUCCGAUGGUGAACGAGCAGGACGGUGUCUGGAUCCAAUCUGGAAUCGGCAGUUUUGGCUUUGGCUGUGCUCGGCCCGAUCUGCCCGCAGUCUACUCCAGGGUGUCCCGCUACCAGUCGUGGAUCAGCUCCCACAUCGGCUCGGACGAGCCGGGCUUUGUGCGGUUCGACUCCGGCGGCCCGGACGUCGACGGCAACUCCACUUGCCCUCCACCUGCUCCUGAGGUCACUCCUUCAGAAGAACCGGAUCCCAUCUCAAAAACGCCAAGCCCAACACUACCAAGCCCCACCGGUGACGUGUGCGGCACUGCGCCCUUGAACAAUCGCGUAAAAAGUGACCGCGGAUUGGUGGCGGGCGGAACGUGGCCUUGGCUCGUCAGUCUCCGCAAAAACGGGGCGUACGCCUGUGCGGGAACUCUCAUCUCUUCGAGCUUCGUCCUGACUUCUGCCGAGUGCUUCUCCAGCCCCGCUCCAAAUGCCAGUGACUGGACCGCAUAUCUGGGACAAAAAGUUGUCAACGGCGUGGAGGAGUUCCAAGUCUUUUCGCCGAUUGUCGGUAUCGCUGUAAGCGAACUGCAAGGUUCCAACGUGGCCGCGCUGAAGCUAAGGGAAGACGUCCGUUUCGGCGAUUACCUCCAGCCUGCGUGUUUGGACAUCAGCGGCGCCGUCGUCUUCCCUUUCGGAACCCGGUGCUGGACGGCUGGCUGGGGGCAGGCAAACGAAUAUCCGAGCGAUGAGACAUCUGCCAGUCUAAGAGAGCUUGAAGCCGUGGUCGUCAGUUGCGGGAGCGCCGCUUCCGAUCAGGAGAACAUUUGUACCUCUUCUUUGGACCUUCAACAGGGGGAUGUUGGUGGGCCUCUGAUCUGCAAGGCAGACUCAUCUUGGUUCCUGGCAGCCGUCGUUGCAACAGGUGGUCGACCCCCCCUCGCCGACAUUCAGGUCUUUUCCAAAAUGCUACGUUUUGGAUGCUUCUUGAGGGAAACGGUCGGCGAGCUGCCGUCUCCUGCCGCUCCCUCCUCGGCGGGAGCUCCAAGUUCCUACGGGAGCUCGUUCCUUUCCUUCUCUGUGGCUUGGACCUCCGUCUGCCUGCCAUUAUGCAUUUAUCACGGAGCAGCUUGAAACUUUUCAUUGCUGCUCUUGGUAUACAAUGUCGCCACGCAAAAGCACUUACUGCGCUGGUCAGGUCAUGACUUGGAGCUUCAAGUGUGCUAAAAAAAAAUAAAAGUGUUAUGAGACAAUUUGGCUCCUCUG